CCAUAACAUAACAGCUUGGUACCCAUGUGUCAUUCCUAUCAUUUCGUUGACAAAACUUUCAUAUCCCCGAAAUUCUCUCUUUUUCCACUGUUCCCUAGGAAAUAUUUAUUCUCAUCUUCAUCCUCUACACAACACCUAAGAAGGACAAGAGGGAACUCAUAAUUUAUAAAAAGAACAUUGAGAAAGAGAGAAGGGAAGAAGAAUGGACCACCAAGCUGACACUAACAGAACUGAUUUGAUGACUAUCACACGCUUUGUUCUGAAUGAACAGUCAAAGUAUCCCGAAUCACGUGGCGAUUUCACCAUCCUUCUCAGUCACAUUGUUCUUGGCUGCAAAUUCGUUUGUUCUGCUGUUAACAAGGCGGGAUUGGCGAAACUCAUAGGACUUGCUGGAGAGACCAAUGUUCAAGGUGAGGAGCAAAAGAAAUUGGAUGUGCUUUCAAAUGAAGUAUUUGUGAAAGCCUUAAUCAGCAGUGGACGCACAUGCCUUCUUGUUUCUGAAGAGGUUGAAGAGGCUAUAUUUGUGCCAUCAUCACAUCGUGGCAAAUACAUUGUUGUGUUUGACCCUCUGGAUGGAUCCUCAAACAUUGACUGCGGGGUUUCUAUUGGAACUAUCUUUGGUAUUUACAUGGUGAAGAAUGAGGCUGAAGUAAGUCUUGAAGAUGCAUUGCAACCUGGGAACCAAAUGUUAGCAGCUGGUUACUGCAUGUAUGGAAGCUCUUGCACGUUCGUGCUUAGCACAGAAAAUGGAGUGAAUGGUUUUACACUUGAUCCUAGCCUUGGGGAGUUCAUAUUGACUCACCCAAACAUCAAGAUACCAAGUAAAGGAAAGAUUUAUUCGGUGAAUGAAGGAAAUGCCAGAAACUGGGAUGAACCAACCACUAAAUAUGUACAAAUGUGCAAGUUUCCUCAGGAUGGUUCACCACCAAAGUCUCUUAGGUACAUAGGAAGUAUGGUUGCUGAUAUCCAUCGAACUUUGCUUUAUGGUGGUAUCUUCAUGUACCCAGCUGAUGCAAAGAGUCCAAACGGAAAGCUACGGCUUCUCUAUGAAGUCUUUCCAAUGUCAUACUUGAUGGAGCAAGCAGGAGGUCAGGCUUUCACAGGAAAACAACGGGCUCUUGAUUUGAUUCCAAAAAAAAUACAUGAACGAUCACCAGUAUUCCUUGGCAGCUACGAUGACAUCGAGCAAAUGAAAGAGCUUUAUGCUGCAUCCAAAGAAGAUGAUGCAUGAAUAUUGUCUUUGAAUCUCAGUAUAUACUAUUUCUUGAGCUCUUGGCUGUUAAUUGGGUAGGACAACUUUUGUUUAGGUGGAACAUUGUGUUUAUUUGAAAAUAGUUAUACAGAAAAGAAAAAGGUGAAUGGGAUUAUUUUCUUUAAUUUACAACAUUAUUAAGUUGCAAUUAUAGGUCGAAAAUCA